AUGUCCUCGUCGCCGUGCGCAGCAGGAGCCGUUCUCAGCACUGCAGCAUCAGCCAGCACAUCAGCCCCGUCUUUCGCGUCUUUCGUGCUAGAGCGUGUCUCGCGCAACCCUUUCCUGAUCGGGGAAACGCCCUGGUCGCUGCGCCCUCCACCACCGCACCCAGAAGCAACGUCGGCAUCACCCCCGGCGCAGCACGUGGCCAAGAGCCCUCGAGACGCAACGGAGGAUGCAUCAUCGCUUCCCAGCACAUUAGACCCAGCGCAACGUGCGGUGAUCGCGCAGGCAUGCAUCGCUGGCACUGCAGCAACGUCAAACCCCGCGUCCACGCUGGCGGUGACGGCAGUGCUGCAGCGAGCCCUCAUCGACGCACCUCUGCUCCCAGUCGGCGGCUGCCACCUCCUGCACGAGCUCGUCUGGCCUCACUUUCUUGCGAGUGCAGAGGCGGCGAAGCAGGUGUUCUGCUACCGCAAGGCCCUACAGCUGUGCGAUGCGCGACAAGCACAGCCCACCACGGACUCGAAUGUGCCACUGCCGGAGCAGAAACCGCCGCAGUCAUCGCACCGCACGGAGGUGACGUCGUCAACCAGUGACGGCGAGUUGGAGAAAGCAAACGGCGCUGCCGUUGACCUGUUUGCCGCCUCGCCACUCGCGGUGUCGUCGACUGAUGAUCAGCAGUGGAGCAAUCAAGGCGCCGGUGCUUUACCCUCCUCCGGUGCAGCGAGUCUUCUCCAGACACCAGAAGAGCUGAGUCUGUCCUCAGCUCGGGAUGUCCUGCAAGCACGCAUGGGGGAGGCCCUCACACGACUGGCGGCGUCUCGAGAAGAGCUCCAGCGAGGGUUGACAAAGCUGCGCCAGCGCUUGGACGGUCUGCACGCGUACGACGCAGUGCCGUUCGCGGAGCUGGCACAACAGCAAGAGGAGACCAUGCGUAGCCUCUUCACACCUGCAACGCUGGCGGUGGCAGGAAGCAGCGCAAAGGAGAACAGCGAUACUCGUAGGAGAAAUGUCCUUCUCACAGCGGAUGCUGCUGCUGCUGCUGCCUCGGUGGCACGGGGUGCGUCGGCGGUGCUCGGUGAAGCAGACGCGGUGACAGAUCGUAAGCGAUUACGUGAGCCAUAG